CUCGGAACGGUUGCAGCGCACGUGCCGGAAUCCGUUGAAGGUUUUCGCAACAUUCGCCAACCGGUCUUGCCGGACUCGCCAUUCCGAGUGUCUCGAACUUGCGCGAAUCGAACGCAAACGUUUGCCAAGAAUUUAAAGAUAUUAAACAGUCGUCGGGCAGCGCGCUGCGUUGUUUGUUCUAAUUGCGUCACGUAGAAAAUUGGUCACGGCUAGUCGGUCACAGUCCGGUGUUCCUGCGGGUGUUCUACAGUGGAAAAGUCACUACAAAAUACUAGGGAAUCCGAACCAGUUGGAAAGCGCAAAAUUAUUGAAAGGAAAAUCGAAAAGUGAAAUCAAGCGUUGAAACGGAAAACGAGGUUCGAUCGCCACAAUAAUUAGCAAAAGCGGCGUGGGGCAACCCUUUGGACGGAAGUCCGUAAUCGCGACGGAAUCAUCGUAGCCGCGCGUUCGGUACCGUGAUCGAUUAAACAAACGUCCAGCGCAACAGACACCACCAGCCAGCAGCACCCCACCGGCAACGAUGUCCUGGCGAUACGCGUAUCUGACCCACUACCGGCAAAAUAACGACAAAAUGGCCGACCAGACGACCGGUCGGCAGCUGCAGCGGAUCCUCCACUACUCGGUCACCCCGUGCCGGCCCAUGCUGGGCUUACGACGCUCCGAAUGUGCAUUAUACGACGUGGACUGUGAUGAAGUGUACCCAAGGCUGUACAUUGGCGAUGCAAACUCGGCCCGUAACAAACAGUAUUUGCGACUGAUCGGUGUCACGCACGUCCUCAAUACGGCGGAAGGCACCCGGUUCGGGCAGGUGGAUACGGGCCACAGCUACUACCGUGACAUGUCCGGCAUCAGGUGCACCUUCAGGUACAUGGGCUUCCCGAUGAUUGACCAGCCGUCGACGGACAUCAGCCGGUACUUUUACAUCGCGUCGAAGUUCAUCGAGAAUGGCAUCAACAGUGGCGGGAAGGUGCUGGUACACUGCAUGAUGGGCAUGUCGCGGUCCGCGACGUGCGUCCUGGCGUACCUGAUGAUUGCCCGCAAGAUGUCGGCCGCCGAGGCGAUCCGUACCGUGCGGAUGCACCGCGACAUUCGCCCGAACGAGGGCUUCCUGCAGCAGCUGGCCGAUCUGGACAACGAGCUGAAGCGGGACCGUCUGUACUAUUGACUCGAGUGUGGCCAGCGCUUCAAGAAGAAAUAAUCAAGCCGCUGACGAAGAUGAUGAUGAUGAUGAUGAUGAUGAUGAUGAGUGUAUUAAUCCUAAACCGUUAACCGAUAACUCACGACAGGUCCUGGUCCGGCCGGGGGCUGGGGCCAGGAUGGGAAAAUGGAAACCAAAAAGCAGCGAAAAAACUUAGAAACACCCGGAGGCAGCGCUCUACCCAAUCAGAACCCCCCUACCGCUUGCGGUGGCAAUCGCAAUCAUCAAUCUCUCGCUCCUGGACUCGCCCUAUAAAUCAGACUGCGUGCGCCGCCGGCGGCUCUCGGACACGCAAACCCCACGGCGGGCUGCUGCUGCAAGGUUUCACAUGCGUGCCAUCACAUCAGGGACUAAUGAGACUUUUCUCGUGAGACACGACCCGCCGCCACGCCGGGUUCGCCACUGAUUCAUUAUCUCACCCCUAAAAGAUUCAUUCCGUCGACGCGGGCGACCGAGGGCCAAAAACCGAUGGAAGGAUGAAGGUGAAGGAUCGAGAAAUGCCGGCCACAAUCUGUCCGUGAUGUUUGAUACCCCUCCCGAAUUAACGACAUUACUUCAGCGCUGGGUGGGUCGAGUUUAUUGUUUGAGUGCACAACGCACAUUCACCCACACAGACACUGGCACCAGAUAUUUACAUUUGCCAGCGCCACCACCAACGCGCCCGAUGAAUCCGUUCGGCACCGAUCUCCGCCACGACGACGAAGAAGAGUUGGAAGAGUUUGUUUGUAAGAUUUAUGGGCAAAGAUUAUUCAUCGAUUCCGUGCCACAGGAAUGUCACUGCAAGGACCCGACAUCAGUGGAAGAAAGAAAACCAUUGUCUAUAAAACCGGCCAUCAUCAUCAGGCGAUCCCGCGAACAACUCGAAUAGAAACAACACAGCAAUAGCACUCGGUACCUACUCGGAACGGAUCGAUCCAGGGCAACGCAAACAUACCAGAACCGAUUGUAGUUGUUAGAGAGUCCUUUUGCUAAGAGUUCUUACAACACUUAG